AUGAAAGUAUUGAUUUAUCACAUUGUGAUUCCAAUUAAUUUAUUCCUUUUUUAGAAGCUAAUUGAGAAGGAUUAUUAAUAAAAGGAAAUAUUGCCAAAAUAAACAUAAUCCAUAAUUGCAUCAGAAUAUUAAGUAUUUGUUUCAUAAAAGAAGAAAUAAAAAUUGGAAUUUAAAUAAGCCUUGUGAAAACUAUUAAAUAAUUUAAGAACUAAUGACGAUUCCAAUGCCUGGGAAUUAAUAAAGGGAAUUGACAAAAAUUAUCAAAAACUGAUAAAAAUGAGCUGUCAGCGUUAAAAAAACUGUUAAACCUAAGUAAUUCAAACACCUUUAGAAAACAUAUCCCAAAAAGAAAGAAGUAAUCUUGAUCACUAUUAAUCUUAAUAGGAAAAUCAAAAACUUUUUAUUUAUAUGCAAAAUAAUUUCAGAUAAGAAUUUUCUAAAACUGAAUAUGAUGAAGAAAAAUUAAAUUGGUUCGAAAUAACAAAAUAACAUUACUUAUAAUUAACUGAAC